AUGGAUGCCCCUGCCAUAUCCGUCACUAGCACGCGGGGCGAAACAAGCUCAAUAUGUCCCGACGAGCUCCUCUUCUUCAUCCAAGCGGCCUCAAAGCAGGAAUACCUAGUUUGCGUGCUAUCGGAAGAAGAGGAGAAUAAAGAGAGCCCUUUCAAACUUAGCUUCCAUUCUGCCGCCUCCCUCCCGAUUGAUACCCCGUCCAGCCGGGUCCUCGCCAGCUUUCCGCAGCAUCUUACGCACAAAGACGACCACUCAUUAGACAUUGUCGUUUCAACAAGGGCUGGUACAGGGAAAGCACUGCCAUUCUGGGGAUCUAUUCUACAGCCUCUACUAUCACGAGUAUCGGAAGAGUUGACAGGGUCCAGCCUAGCAGCAAACGUCGUCAUCACCAAAGACGAGCACAGUGUUGCCAACGUUGCCAAGAACCUGAGCUCCAGAGACUCCCGCCAUAAUACAGUGGUGGUUAUAUCCGGAGAUGGCGGCAUCAUCGAUCUACUAAACAACUAUACCCCCAAGGCUGACGCUCCGCUUCCGCUCCUGGCCGUAUUGCCCUUUGGCACUGGCAACGCCAUCUUCCACUCAUCCCAUCGCCCGCUAUACAGCAAGUCGAAAGCAUCGCAAACCGUACAUGCACUACGUACGCUGUUUCUAGGAUCGACAGUUGAUCUGCCCUACUUCCGUGCUAGCUUUUCCGACGGCUCUGUCAAGACAUCAUUCACGGCUCAGGCGCAAGCGGAAGACGGAGCGGCGACAAGCCAGGACUCGCAAGUCUCACGCAUGUAUGGCACCAUUGUGGCAAGUUAUGGAUUCCACGCCAGCAUUCUCUAUGAGAGCGAUACUCCAGAGUAUCGUGCGCACGGGGACAAGCGUUUCGGUAUGGUUGCUGGAAAUCUCUUGAAAGAGUCACAUCCGUACCUCGCAACGCUUGAGGUUCGAGCGCCCGGUGGUGACUUCAAGCCUGUGGCACGAGCAAGCCAUGCCUAUAUUCUUGUAGCCAUGGUCUCUAACCUUGAGAAGACAUUCACCAUCGCGCCGGACAGUGAGCCCUUGGAUGGCACGCUCAAGUUGAUUCAUUUUGGUGCCAUUGGUGGCGAAAGAACCAUGGAAGUCAUGAUGAAAGCCUAUGAUAAUGGCAAACAUGUCGGCAUGAAAUGGGAAGAUGGUGAAGAGGUUGGUUAUGAAGAAAUUGAAGAAGUUCGCAUAACCACUACAGAGGAAACUCCAAGGUGGCGCAAGGUAUGCAUUGACGGAAGCAUAGUAGAGCUGCCCAAAGGAGGCUCUAUGACAGUCAAGAAGGAACAGGUACCGAGGCUCAAAAUUUUUGUAGAUGCAAGCGUUGCUUCCGCUUAG